AUGUUGAACGUUCUUGAAAAGUGUCGAAUAUCUCCACCACCUGCCGCCAUCGGGGACAGAUCUCUACCACUUACUUUCUUUGAUUCAGCAUGGCUACUCUUCUUCCCGAUCCACCAAAUUUUCUUUUACGAGUUCCCUCAUCCUACCUCAUAUUUCCUCGAAACAAUAGUUCCUAAACUUAAACACUCAUUAUCCAUAACUCUUCAGCACUUUUUCCCGUUCGCAGGGAACCUGAUUGUGUUUCCUAAUCCAAAUCGUUCGCCGAAUGGCAAAAGACCCGAAAUCCGUCAUGUCGAAGGUGAUGCGGUCGCACUUACGUUCGCAGAAUGUGAUCUUGAUUUUGAUGAUCUCAUAGGAAAUCAUCCUCGUGAAUGUCACAAGUUCUAUCCACUUGUACCUUUGUUGGGACAACCAUCAAAAGUGUCCAAUCAUGUCACCAUCCCUCUAUUCUCAGUGCAAGUAACACUUUUCCCGAAUAAGGGGAUCUCUAUUGGGCUCACGAACCACCAUUGCCUUUGUGACGCGACCACACGCUUUAACUUCUUGAACGCGUGGACAUCGAUCGCUAAACAUGGUACGGAUGAGUUAUUCAUAGCGAGUGGAUCUUUGCCGUUCUAUGAGAGAGUGAUCAAGUAUCCAGAAUCUUUAGAUGAAAUUUGUUGCAAUCAACCAGGGAUUGAAACCAUUGAUGAGGAAUACAAACUACCUCAGCUUGUAGGUGACACCGAUAAAGCUCGUGCCACGCUUGUUUUAACCCAAGCCCACAUCAACCGGUUAAAGAAAUGGAUAUCGGUCCAGCUGCCAACACUCGAAUAUGUAUCUUCAUUUUCCGUGGCAUGUGCUUACGUAUGGAGUUGCAUAGCGAAAUCGCGUGCUAGAAUUGGUGGGCAAGCAGGCGAUGACGAUCUAGAAAGGUUUUUGUGUGUUGUGGAUUGGAGAUCUAGAAUCCAUCCACCACUCCCUCAAACUUAUUUUGGUAAUUGUGUUGGUCCAUGUCUUUGUACACCAACAAAAAGCACACUAUUAGCAAGUAACACCGGAUUCCGUACAGCUGCUGAAGUAUUUGGAAAAGCGCUAAGCGAGACGAUAAAAAAUAAAGAUGCACUGAUGAAAGAUGCCGAAACCUGGCUUGAGAAAGCCUACGAACCUGUGCCGACGAUUGGGGUGUCUGGAACCCCAAAGUACAAGGUCUACGAUGUUGAUUUUGGAUGGGGGAAGGCGAAAAAGCAUGAGACUCCGUCUAUUGAUUACAACGGGUCUAUAUCCGUUAACGCGUGCAAAGAUUCACCGGCUGAUAUUGAAAUCGGUAUCUCCCUUCCUGCUAAACAAUUGGAUGCGUUUAUUUCCAUAUCUAGAGAUGAAUUAGAGAGCAACUUUUAUGAGCAAGCUUGAGUCGUUUGUUAAAAGCA